AGAAGCCAGAUAUUUUAUUUCAUGAGUCACAAUGAUUUGAAAUGAGAUUUAAGAACUCCUCAUCCUUUGGUCCCGUUCAGCAGAAGAGACUCCUCCUCAGUACUGGGUGAAGUUGGCUGUGAUGUGCUCGUUGUUGAAGGGAAUGUAGUAAGCAACUCCUGAAAAGAGGCAGAGGAUAAUAAAUGCUGUGGGGCCUGUCAACUUCCCAUGCCAGGACCUCAGCCCAUUGAGCUGGUUGGAGGACAUUCACAUUGGAUUCAGAUAUUCAGUUCCAAAGACUGUAAUGCAAAAUAUUACCAUCAAGUAAAGACAUCCAAGAAUGAAGAGAGGAUGGCUAAGGCACCCGGCUGGCAAUACCAGUGCUACACACAUUUAAGACAAGAGCGGGAAGUAACACUUGACCAGACUUUGCAGAUGGCAGCAGCUCUGCCUGAGAUUAACUGUGGUGGCUAUUUGGAAGCAGAGGUGUUCUCACUGAACCCGGAGCCUGCCAACUCUGCUAGCGUAGUUGGCCAACAAGCCUGGCAAUCUGUCUGUCUACCUCCCCAGUGCUGGGAUUAGUCUUUUCCAUGGGUGCUGGAGAGCAGAACGCAGAUCUCCGUGCUCCCAUGGAAAGCACUUGACUAACUGAACCACCUCCAUGGUCCACAGGUUUUCAUCAUCAGCCCUUCGUCUGCAAUGCACCAAUCAUUGGUUCUAUCUCAGGAUUAAGGCCACGCUAUUCCACAAUGUAUUUAUGGAACCUGAUGAAGUGUAUUUAGGAUCUAUCUGCCCUGUGAGCACCGUCUGGCCAAAUGAUGUCUAUGACUUUACCUACCGUACUUACGCCUGCGGCAUUGUCAAUAAAGUUCUUUAUGAUGUCACUCUGCUUCAGACACACCUUGCAUAUAUCCCAAAAAACCCUAGUAAUAACCGAACUGAGAUGCGCCUGUCCUGUGUUCUACACAGUCGGUAUCCUCUUUUCUGUGAAGCUGAGAGUAAAGGAGACUUCACGGGCAACCCUCCUGAGUGGGAAGUAGACAUGACAGUACGCAAGAAUGAUCAGGCUGCUCCUGCAGUGCCGCUAAACUUUUCAACAUCAGGUCAAAACACCAACCAGGUGUCGCAGGAGCCUCAGACCCCGGGAACCAGCAGACAUCAGCAUGCUGAGGCAUCUAAAUGAGUGGAUUAGAGUUUUGCCCUCUCCAUUUCUCCAGAAUGCAGAUGGUUGCAGGAUGUCUUCUCUCAUUCAUUUUUAAAAAGUGACUGAUUUGCAGUUUUAAAUAAAAUGGCAUGCUACCUUCAUAUAUUCUCAUUUUAAAAAGCUGUCCCUGAUUUUAGCUUUAUCAAAUCUGAUUAAUCAAUAAAAAUUUCUAUUAAAGCUGCUUCUAAUUAUUGAA